CAGGUUGCAAUAGAGAGUGAUAAGUGAAUUUGAGGCAAAAAAAUAAUAAUCUUUGCGAUAAGUGUACAAUACCGCACCUCCAUAACAGAUGGUGUGACAUUUGUAAUACGGCAUAUUGUACUGUUUGCACUUAAGCCUGUUUGUGUAACUCAGACAUAUGUGUGCAACUAUUCGAGGCGUGAUUAGAUGAGGUCUGAGAUUGACCCCGAUUAUUAGGAUUGUGGAGUUUUCAUGAGACACAAUUCCAUCAUCAUUCAUUUUAAAAAAUCGGAUCUUUUGAUUGUCUUUUUUUGAGCCAGCAUGUGUUUUUGCUUUCCACUCAAAUAAUAGUUUCUCGUGUGCUUUUCUAUGUAAAACACACUGUUAUGCUAACCGAUUUUUUUCAUUCGAGCUUGCUGUAUGCUUUUGCCUCCAGCUAAGCCGCCCAUUGUUGACCUCUUUAGUAUUCAUUUAUUUUGUUUAAAAAUGGUCUCUUACUGCUGUCAUGUGCAAACAAAGUGAGUUGAGUUGACAAAGUGAAGUCAUACAUUAUUAUAGCUGCACAACGCAGAGGAAAGAGGGACGAUAACACGUGGUUCUUCUUUUGUCAGUAUGAAGAGCCAAGAAGUGAAGCUCGUCAAUAAAAGCCUGGAGGAUGAAAUGGAAGUAUGGGGAUACCGACUUUGCCAUUGGAAAAUUAUCGUGGUAGGCAUAGGUACCCUUCUCUCCGGUGGUCUCUUGCUCCUGCUCCUCUACUCUUUGCCGGAGUGGGGCGUCAAAGCCACCUGCACGCUUACCUCACUGAGGGAAGCACAAACACUGCUACUCAGGACCACGGAUGAUUUCAAGCAAUGGUUUCGCGCCGAAGUAAAAGUGAUGGCGGCUCCUGGGAAGACCCCCUUUGAUAAUGUGGAUCAUCAAUCCAAAGCUCAGAUGGAUGGCGAGGACCCCAAAAUCUCCCAAAGUCUUCUACAUAAGGAGCGGAUCAGGAAAUCCUCAAAUACAAAGUUUGCAAAGGUCCGUUAUUUUAUCCACCACAGCAUUAAGUAUUACUGGAAUGAAGGGAGCCAGACCUAUGAAUCAUUUCAGGGUUUGGAAGACGCCAAGGUGAAGUGUGCAGCAAUCCACACUGACCACAGCUCUGGACUCACAAAAUCACUCCAAAAGUACAGAGCUUUUUUUUUUGGUGAGAAUGUGAUCGAUGUAAAAAAUCCAUUUUCACCAAAACACUUCAUCAAAGAGGCCCUGAAUCCUUAUUACAUCCUGCUGUUUGCCGCUUUCAUUCUGUGGUUUAUUGAGGGCUAUUACUACUAUUCAUUGGCCAUCCUUCUAAUGGCAGUUAUUUUAAUAGCCGCUUCUUUUUACAACAUUCGAAAGAAUCAUGUCAAACUCCACAAGAUGGUAGAAGGACAUUGUAUGGUUCGCGUUUCAGUAUGCAGAGGGAAUGAAGGUGUCGAACAGGUCACUUCGACCGAGCUUGUGCCCGGUGAUGUCAUCACUAUUCCGGCCAAUGGGAUGAUCAUGCCCUGUGAUGCUGUGCUCAUCUGUGGCACUUGCACUGUUGACGAGAGCAUGUUGACAGGGGAGAGUGUUCCUGUAACAAAGAACAGUGCACCAACUUCAGGCGAGGAUGCUGAGAGGAUCUACGAUACAGAGAAACACAGACACUACACACUCUUCUGUGGCUCACAUGUGAUUCAAAGUCGUCACUAUGGUGCCGAGCUGGUGAAAGUGGUUGUAGUGAAAACAGGCUUCAGUACAAAAAAGGGUCAGCUUGUGCAUUCCAUCCUCUACCCGAAACCCACUAUCUUCAAACUGCACCGUGAGGCCACACAGUUCCUGAUGUGUAUGGGAGUGGUGGGAAUGAUUGGCUUCGUCUACUCCAUCAUUAGCAAUGUCAUAAAUGAGCUUCCUGUUCACACGAUCAUCUUUCAGGCUUUCAACAUCAUCUUCAUUGCUGUGCCUGUGUUCUUACCUAUGACAUUGACUGUCGGUCUUGUGCAUGCACAGCGGCGCUUGAAGCGAGACGGCAUCUCUUGUAUCAGUCCGCAAAGAAUCAACAUCUCUGGUCAGCUGAACCUGGUUUGCUUUGACAAGACUGGCACCCUCACUGAAAACAGUUUGGACCUGUGGGGUAUUCAGAGAGCUGAAAACGGCACUUUUUCAGCUCCAAACACUGAGGAGGUAAAAGGGAGUCUGGCGAAGAAUUCUUUUGUCACCUGCAUGGCUACCUGCCACUCAUUGACCAACAUAGACGGUAAACUCUGUGGAGACCCUUUGGACGUCAAAGUGUUCAGCGCCACCGGCUCGAUCCUUGAGCAGGCAAGCGAAAAACAAACUGGACUUUACAAUAUCAAAAUUUCCACUGUCGUACGAUUCCCACAACAGUCCGGUGAAUUUGCCAUUGUGCGCCAAUUGCCCUUCUGCUCGGCACUGCAGAGGAUGAGUGUGGUUGUCCAGCAGCUGGGACAAAAACACUUGGAGGUUUACCUGAAAGGAGCACCAGAGACUGUGGCUAACCUCUGCAAGCCGCAAACAGUUCCACAAAACUUCAUUGAGACCCUGGAAACAUACACGCGGCAUGGCCUCAGGGUUAUCGCUCUGGCUCAUCACCAACUUGAGUCGGAACUCUCCUGGUCCAAACUCCAGAGUCUGAGCAGAGAGCAGAUAGAAACUGAUAUGGACUUCCUUGGUUUGAUCAUCAUGCAGAAUAAAAUCAAAGAACAGACUGCUGUUGCUUUACUUGAGUUAAGACGAGCCAAUAUUCGAACUUUAAUGGUGACAGGUGACAACAUGUUGACAGCAAUAUCAGUGGCUCGAGACUGCGGAAUGAUUCCAGACCAUGAGAAAGUCAUUAUUGCAGAUGCCAUGCCUCCUUUUGCUCAAAACCCCGCCAAAAUCACAUGGCGCUACUUGGAGAACCCUGUUAUAAACAGUAUUUUGACUUCUGAGAUCAGAUUUGCUGGCGACGAACUGGGCAGUGAGGAGGCUGGCUAUCACUUCGCUGUGAGUGGCCAAUCCUUCAAUGUCAUCACUGAACACUUUCCACAACUCCUUCAAAAGCUCCUCCUGAGAGCCACCGUGUUUGCCCGCAUGACUCCGGACCAGAAGACUCAGCUGGUGCAAGCCCUACAGAGCAUCGAUUAUUGUGUCGGGAUGUGUGGGGAUGGUGCUAACGACUGUGGGGCCCUUAAAAAAGCUCACAGUGGGAUUGCUCUGUCUGAGCUGGAGGCCUCUGUGGCUUCCCCCUUCACCUCAACAAUCCCAAACAUCUCCUGCAUUACCAACCUCAUCAGGCAGGGCCGUGCUGCUCUUGUCACGUCUUUCUGUGUGUUUAAGUUAAUGGCUGUCUUCAGCCUCAGCUGGUUCUGCAACAUGAUUAUGCUCUUCAUGGUUGGCGACGGAUUUGGGGACUUCCAAUACAUUUUUAUUGACUUUGGCAUUAGUAUGUUUAUCCCCUUUACAAUGAGCCUGAACCCUGCAUGGAACACGCUGGUGCAUCGUACGCCUCCAUCCUCUCUGCUUUCUGGGCAGAUGCUUUCCUCCGUUUUUUCUCAGAUCCUCAACAACGUGCUCUUCCAGUGCAUGGCGUUCGUCUUAGUACAACAACAGAGUUGGUAUCAAACACCUGAGUCAAUUGCGUGCAACGAGACCGGCUUCAGCUUCAAUGAAAGUGAAGCUGAAGAAACACAACGCUUUAAGAGCUUUGAAAACACAUCCAUAUUCUAUGUCUCCACUUUGCAGUUCUUGAUUGUAGCCAUUGUCUUCUCCAAAGGAAAACCCUUCAGGAAACCAAGUUAUAAAAACUGGUCUUUUGUGUUAACCUGCUCAAUUCUGUAUGCUUUUAUCUUGUUCAUCAUGCUGCAUCCAAUUUCGGUAUUUGAGGACCUAAUGGAGAUUGGGUGUCUUCCCUACGACUGGCGCAUUACACUUCUCAUCAUUAGUAUAGCACAUGCUGUUGUGUGUUGCACAGUGGAGAUGGUGAAUGACCGUUGGGGCUCAGCCUUCUUCCUCUCGACUUGCUGUCGGCAAAACCGUCCUCCAAAGAAGAAAUACAAAUGUCUAAAACUCCAGGAUGAGGCUGACUGGCCUCCCGCACCGUCAACUAUCAGCUUUGCCAACACUGCUCAAUACCACAGGUCUGUUACUUUUUGACAUCCACCAGCUCUUGCAAUUUUUUAAUGCACUUCAUAAUUAACAGAGCACCACCUACUAUUAAUGUAUUCCUCCACAAAUAAAUGUAUUUUCUUAUUAUUCCAAGCCCAACGCAAAUUUUUGUGGUGAUUGAUUUACUACAUCUAAAGCAGAGG